AUGUUGCUGCUUUUGAAGCAAAGUUUUUUCUCUAGAAAUUUAAAUGGAUUUCCUCUUGUGACCUGUGGAAGAUGCUAUUCUCUGAAGGUUGGUGAUGUGGCUACAUUGAGAAAAAAAAUAACUGCUGAAGAUAUAAAGAAAUUUUCAGAAUUAAGUGGUGAUACAAAUCCUGUUCAUCUGGACAAGAAGUUUGUUGAGAGUCAGACCACAUUUAAAGACUUGGUGGUUCAUGGUGCUCAUCUCAACAGCCUUGUGUCACGUGUCAUAGGAACACAGCUUCCUGGCCCUGGCACGCUGGUGGUGAGGCAGGAGCUCAAGUUCCCCAACCCUUGCUAUGCAGGAGAGGAGGUUGAGGUGACAGUCCGUUUAGCAAACCUGAGAAAGAUCAUAACAGUAGACUUUUUUUGCACUGCAACAGAAGGGAAGAUUGUUCUAGAGGGCAAGGGUCAACUGAUGCAUUCACAGCGCUUCAAGGGAGGGCACUAG